AUGCGGAUUGCAGGGCCUUUUACUAGGCGGGUUUUGCCCAGCAAGCGGAGGGCGCGACUGAUUGGACAAGACAAGGGCCCUUGGGGUUACGUCGUUGUUUUACUUGAGAUAUCGGUAUUGUAUGACAGGACGGAGAUUGACAAGAGGCCUGCCAACUGGCAAGGCGAUAAUGUGCAGACAUAUGAUGCGGCUCAGUCCUCAGCCAGGGAGAGGGUGUGCUUCCUCCCUAUACGAAGCAGAAGACUGAUGGCGUUCCAGGGAUGUGCUGUCGUCCCGUCGAUACCGUGUACGAAGUCGCUUUUCAACAUCUCCGUGCUCUCUCUCGUACUAUGGCAACUAGCCAUGUACGGUCUCUUCUCAGCCGACUUGCUCUAG